UCUUGAUCCCUGGCAAUGCAGUGGGCAUCAGCCCCAGGUUUAGGAAGGGCGCGGGGGGGCGUCGAGCAGCCCAGGCGCGUCCCCGUUAGCCCUCUCGCGCCCAAGAGCGCACAAGCGCCCACCUAUCCGGGCGCCUGUCCUCGCCGCGAUCCUCUGCGCGCCGGAGCUCUCUUGCCAGGCCGAUCCCUCCCCGCCCCGGGCGCCUGGCCGGGCUGGCAAGCCUCUCCCCGGGCUGAGCGGGGCGAACCGGCAGGGAGGCGGGCGCGACCCGGGGCGGCCGGGCUCCUGCAGCGCCCGCUCCGGCGCCAGGCGUUCGGGGCAGCCGGCGGGCAGAGCAGUCCGGAGCUUCCGGCCUCUGCAGCGUCCUCGGAGUCCUUAGCGGCGACGGGGGCUCCCUGCUGGGGGUCGCCCCGGCUCCCCAGCGGGCCAAACCCCGCGGGAUCGCGUCGCCCCUCUUGCAAGCCUGGACGCUGCGCCCAGACCUGGUCCGUUGCUGCAGACGUUGCCCCUCCCCGGAAAGCCGGCCUUUCUUGCUUCCAGAAAGCUGCGCCGAUCCUACGCGCCCUCUCCUCCUUGUGGGGGCGCGUAGCUAGGCCGAAGAUGGGCAAAAAACCCUCCUUAGUGGUGUUCGAUUUGGAUUAUACCUUGUGGCCCUUCUGGGUUGACCCCCCCUUCCAGAAAAACAGCGAUGGCUCAGUACAAGACCGGAAAAAACGGCCUGUUAAUCUCUACCCCGAAGUUCCAGAAGUCCUCCAGCAGUUGCAGAGUGAACAAAUCCCCAUGGCAGCGGCCUCUCGGACCGGGGAAAUCCGAGGAGCUACCCAGCUGUUAGAUCUUUUUGGCUUAAAUCGCUACUUCCGCUACAGAGAAAUCUAUCCAGGCAGUAAAGUCACCCAUUUCCAGAGGUUGAGUCAACAGACCGGCAUCUCCUUUUGCCAGAUGCUCUUCUUUGAUGACGAAAGCCGCAACAUUCACGACGUCAGCGAAUUAGGGGUCCUGUGUGUCCUUGUCCCCAGAGGCAUGACUCUUUCGCUCCUCAACCAGGGCUUGGAGACCUUUGCACACUCCUGAGGACUCUACUCCUGCUGACAAGGCUUACACCUCAACCUUCUUCUCUCUUCCUCGUGGGGGACACACGUUGGGGAUUUUUGACAGGUCUAACACAUUAUUAUGUGUCGAUGGGGCAUCUUUCUCCAGCUUCUCUGACUCUAAAGACUUAGGUGUCCUCUCCCCAUCCUGUGUCACGUAAUGCCAGCAAAGGGAUUGUGCUUGUGGCUUUCGUCCCAAUAAAACUGGGAAAACAAA